AUGGACAAGGAGAGCAGCCUAGAGAGAAGCCGCAGGAAGGCCUACCUUGAGAUGAUCGAAGUAGACGGCAUUGGCCUGAAUGCUGUCUUCAUCCUCAUCAUGUCGCGCAUGUCGCAGGCCUCGGGCUCCAUCCUGCCGCCACUGAGCUCACUGGUGGGGCCCAAGAAGGUGUCUCCCACCGAUGGGCAGAGGGAGCGAGAGGAGUCAGCCGACUCAGGCUGCAGCUCCCUGAGCGGCUUUGCCAAGUCCCUGCAGAAGGCAGAGGCCCUGCUGUGGAACUGCGUGAACCCCAGUGUGCGGCGCCUCCUGCAGCAGCAGGCCAGCGCCAGUGCCUACGACAGCGAUGAGGAGGACUCGCCCGGCGCCCUCGCCCGCCUGGCCCAGGUGGAGCGCAGCUUCCGGGGGCUCAGCCGCUGUCUCUGCGUGCAGGAGAACCCCCGCACGGAGACCUUCCGAGGCCAUGUCAAGCCGGCGGCCAGUGACACGGCCCAGGGCGCCUUCUCCUACCACCCCGUCUACCCCCGCGUGGCCAAGCACUGUGCCACCUUGCACGCCCUGCUGCAGCACCGCCACCGCCUCCGCCUCUCCCACGAGUACAGCCGCCGCCUCAAAGGGGCCUCGGACUUCGUCCGCCACCUCCUGGCUCUCUUGGCGCGGAAGGACCCGGGAGGGGACCCUGGGGGGGGCAGGCAGCUCAGGGGACUCUGUGAGGAGCUGCGGACUCACACCAGCCACUGGAGCGGGCUGCAGCGCAAGAUGCGCAGCGACCCCUGGCUGCGGGUGCUGCUGCUGCAGCAUCACGAGUCGGUGAUGCACAUGAAGCAGGCGCUGGGCCUGCUGGCCCUGCACGCCAUCCGCCUGGUGGAGCGCUACGUGGAGGUGCUGCUGCACUGCCUGGCACGGGCCAGCCCCGCCGCCGUCUCCCCUGCCCAGCUCUCCGACCUGUUCCAGGGCCUGGAGAUCUACAACCACGUGCUGAGCGACCAGGCCCUGGAGCGGGCCUCCAGCAAGCCGGGGGCUGAUCCCGCCACUCCACUCCGGCGCAAAGGGGAGGUGUGCGGGGGUGCUCAGGCCUAUCCCAUUGGGCGGGUGCUGGGCGUGCUGGCAGCCGAGAGAGGCAGGCUGGCCGCCCACAGACUCCACCAGCUCCUCCUGCAGCGGGCACAGAGGGACUGCCUGGAACAGGUGCACUGGGAGAAUGCUGUGGUGCCUUGGUCCAUGGACCGCAGCAGCAUUAGUGAGACAGAUGUGGGGUCCCCUGGGCCCCCCACAGUGGAGGGGCUGCCGAGCCUCCCCAAGGAGCUGCAGGUGCUGUGCAGGGAGGACAAGGAGCUCCUGGACCUUGUUCUGGGAGUCCUGGUGGCCUCCACCGACACGCUCUGGCACCAUGUGCUCAAGAGGCCCAAGCAGGAGAAGCCCCCGGCAGAGGAGGGCCAGGAGCCCCCGCUGGUGCCGGCAGCCAGCCCGGGCCUGGACGAGAGGCUGAGCUCGGCCUCCCUACCCAGCUGGAAGUCCGUGCGCUGGCUGGACGCGUCCUACUCGGAGGCUGCCGAGGUUCUGUAUGCGCAGUACCGCCCGCUCUUCUGGGAGGCCGCAGCCACCUCACUGGCUCAUCGCCUGGAGCUGUGGCAGGACCAGGCACAGCCCUGCGGAGGCCUGCCCCCGUGCACAGAAAGGGCAGCAGCCGCGCUGGCGCAGGAGCUGAGCCAGGCGCUGGGUCAGGCCCGCGUGCCCCUGGAGUGCGAGGCGGCGCUCCGGCGCCUGUGCCUGUGUCUGAUCUCUCAGGCUGUCUUCCAGAGCUGGGACCGAGGGUUCUGCCAGGCCCUGGGCUCCAGCCUCAGCGAUAAGUGCGUGCCUGGGCCCAGGACAGCGGGCACAGCGCACAGCAGGACUGCCCAGCUGCUCCGGGAGCUCCACCCUCCCCUGGUCUUCGCCCUGAAAUGCCUGGAGCCUCCACUCUCUGCAAGGACUGUGAGCGGCUACCUCGUCUCCCCAAGUCUCCGGCUGGAGCUGCUGACUCGCUGCCUGGCCACAGGGCAGGCCUCCUGCUCCUGGCUCAUGGCCAAGGCCUAUCAGCACCUUGCGGCCUGGUCCCUCUGCCCGUUCCUGCUCGUCACCCAGGGAGAUCUUCAGCUGUUAAAGGCAGAGACCACCAGGUUGGCAGAGCUCGUGAGUGGGGCCUUCCCUGAGGGAGAGAAGAGCCCCAGGUGGGUGCGGCCGGCCCUUGGCUCCCACCAGGAGCAGCAGCUGUGCCUACAGAUCUACUCCACUGCCACCAGCAUCCAGAGCUUCUCGCAGGACGUGCUGCGGAUGUUCUCCAGCGACUGCAAACGGAUGUCGGCAGAGAUCUUCAGCCAGACCAUGCCGCUGGGCAAGCACUGGAGAGCAGGCCUCCGUGCAGACCUGCCCAGCACCCCGAGUGAGUACGCCUUGGCCGCCGCCCAGAGUGUCCUGGGCCAGGUCCUGCAGGGCAUCCAGCUGCUCCCGCACGAGUCCCAGGUGCCCGCGCUCACCCACGUCAUGACAGCCUUUGUGGAAGCCUGGAUGGACCACAUCCUCACCCAGAAAAUCAAGUUCAGCCUGCAGGGUGCCUUACAGCUGAAGCAGGACUUCGACACAGUGCGGCAGCUGGUGCAGUCGGAGGAUUCUGGCCUGUCGCCUGAGAUCAAGCAGUCCGUGCUGUCGCUGCGCAUCUUCCAGCAGAUGGACAAUGCCAUCAUCUGCCUCUUACAGCAGCCCAGCAGCAAGGCCUACCUGCCCUCCCAUACCUGGGAGUCCUUCCGCAAGUGCUGUGAGUGCCGUGGGGCCGCACUGCCCCCAGCCAGGCUCACACAACGGCGUCCGCACUCAGGACUUCCCCUCGGGCAGCCUGAACAGCCUGGAGAGCCUGGACGUGCAGGCCUUGCGCAACAGCACCGCCCUGGAGACCCAGAGCUCCGACCUCCUCAGCCAACUGCAGGGCAGCUGCACCCCGGAGUCCUACCUCCCGAGCACCCAGCAGGAGUGGCUCUCCCUGCGGCUGCACGGCCCGCGGCGCUGGAAAGUCCCCAGCCUGCCCUGCACCAAGAGCUCUGAGCCCUGAGGGGCUGGCUGCAGCCCAGCCACCUAUCUGUGGUUAGAAAUACAACAGCCAAGUAGCCCCAAAGCUCCCUGGCUCCGUGGUUCUGUUCUGCCCCCAUGGGAUCCGCUGCCCCACGGCCUGGCCAGCCAAGGUGUGCCUCGGCAGGGUGGUACAUUCCCUGACCUGCCUCCUGGAGCAGACCACAGCCCGUCUCCCCUUGGGACUACAGAUCCCAGCAGGCAAUGGGCCUCUGCGAGGACAGCUGGGCAGGGAACUCCCUGAGCCAAGGCCCGGCAGCUGGCUGGUUCCCCACAGCAUUAGCAGGAGAGGGCUGGGGCUGGUUCCUGUCUGAGCUCCCCUGGGCCAGGCUCUCUGCCUGCAGCCAGCUCUGCAGGGAGCCCCUGGCUCGGGUGGGGUGGUGGACAGCCUAAGUUUUCUGGGUGGGGUCGCUACCCCCCCAAACAGCUCGGCCCAGUGACUCUGGCCUGGCUGCAUGGACCAGGCCCCCUGCAGACUGUUAGCCCUACACCCCUGGCCCGGCACUGGGGUCAGCGCCCCUACUGAGCCCCCACCCUGCUCCCUCUAGCACCAUGCCGGGGCAUUAGGAUCAGAGCGCCCCCUACUGCCACCAGCCCUGGGAUCUCUAAGGCACACAGGUGCGGUGGCUGCAUAGAGCAGCGUUGGCAGGCCUCACUUCGUGGGCAAUCCAGCUGCGGGCUCCAGCCC